UUGCUGCCUUCACACAGAAUCACUGAAUUUUUAGCGUUAUACGGGACCUCGGGAGAUUCUCCGGUCCAACCCCUCUGCCAAGACAGGGUCCCCCAGAGCAGACUACACAGGAACAUGUCCUGGUGGGUUUUGAUGUCUCCAGACAGGGAGACUCCACGACCUCCUUGGGCAGCCUGCUCCUGUGCUCUGCCACCCUCAACAUAAAGAACUUCUCCCUCAUGUUGGAGUGAAACUUUUGUGGUUUAGUUUAUGGCCAUCGCUUCCUGUCCUGUGCAGAAUCACACACCAUCCUCUAGGCACCCACCUUUGAGAUUUUUAUAUGCAUAAAUGAGACCCCUCUCGGUCUUCUCGAGACUAAACAGGCCCAGCUCCCACAGUCUCUCCUCAGAAGAGAGAUGCUCCAGACUCAUCAUCAUCUUCAUUUCAACUGAUGCUGCAGCCUCUGCUUAUUCUGAAAUAUAGCAGGAGACUGCCUGGUUUUAUAAGAAGAAAGCAAGAGAAGAAAAUUCCAGCUGCAUUUCAAAAAAAUCAAACACUGCUUCUCCUUCUGGCUGGCAGGUGUUGACUGUAAGGAAUCUGUCUUCAGGAGGGGAAAUGACAUUUAGUCAGAGCAUCAGGAAAAUGUAAAAUAUAUAUAUAGUCACCUGUCCUUCAGCACGGAAAAAAAUCAGAUAAAAAGGAAUGUAUUACAGCAUAGAAUAAAGCAGUAUAGAAUAAAGACAGGUCUUGCUGCACAGGGCAUCAUGUUUCCCAAACAGCACCUUCACGCGUAAGAAUACCACCUCCAAAACAGACUUCUUUUUUGGGCAUAGCAAUUGCUGAUCAGCAAUAAAUGGCUGCCCGCUCUUUCCACUCAGCCACCCAAGGACCUCGGAAGGCAAGAGAUUGUAGCUAGUGUGGUCAACUGGUCCAGCAUUUGCACAGUCAUUUCAGGUCAGCCUUACCAGGAUGCCCUGUGAUCUUCAGGGGAGAAAGUGCAUGCCAAAACAGUGCUUGCAGAGUACUUCCUCUGAAGAAUUGAUGUGCUCCCGUUUUCCCAGCUUUGGGGGCAGUGUUGCUGCACUCCCAGCCUUCAGAAGCCAUGCAGCCUUGCUGUUGGAGAAUCAUCGGCUAAGGCACCAGACAAUGAGAGCGGGGACUUUGUCUGGCAAAGGAAACCCCCGUGUUUCCUUUCAUUAAGUGUAAACACGCCACUUGCAAGUGCCUUUCUGCAGCUAAGUGCUCAGAAGAGGUGAGGGUUUUAAAGAAAGCUGAAACUUCACGGGUGGGAAUUGCGGGAGCAAUUCCCAGGAGUGAAUGCCUUUUGCUGCAUGUGAUGAUAACUAGCCACCCAACUACUUCUCAUAAAAAUUAAAUGCCAAGUCUCCUGGAGAUGAGAGGGAGCAAAUCCAUGGUGUUUGUGGUAAAACUGUGAGAUUUGGCAACAUUGCCAACUGCUGUGUUGAUAAUUGGUAGGUCUUGCUCUGCAGGUGGGAUCCAGGCCACAAUCCAGGCCACAAUUCAGGCAGAUGUGGCCUGCAAACAUGGGCAUGCAUUGCAGGGAGACUGGAGUGGUGUAACUGCUGUUCUGUUGAUGCUGAUGUUGUAAAAUGCACCCGCUUGAGCUGAUGACUUGCUGUGCUAAGAGAUCUGAAGCUGUGCUGUGAAGUUGGAGCCUUCAGUCUCCUUUUGUAUGCUUUGUGAUGGAACUCUUGGGGAAGAAGGUGAAAGGCCAACAUCACACCUUACACAGCAGUCUAUCGCUUCGCUAGCAACACUUGCACUCUCCAGGAAAAGUCGCUUUGCUCACCUGUGAGAAAUAGAAGAUCUUUUGCUUCCAGAAGCAGAGACGUGGCCCUGAGGUGCUGAAAUCCUGCCUGUGUCAUUUGAAGUGCUACAUGCAACUUGACCCCCUGGAAAGGAAAAGGGAAGAGUAAAAGCAUGAUGGAAAUUGUAACUCCAAGACUCUUUUGAAAAUGAUAGUGAAUCACAAGCAUCCUUUCUUUGUCAAUCCUAGAGUGGGGACUUUAGAAGUUGCAUGAAUUUUCAAACACAAGGGCCAGAUUGCUUCCAGAUUCUCCAGAGUCCUUCAGAACUGGCACUUCCACAGGAGCAGAAAAAAUACUUGGACACAAAGCCCUCAUGCUACAGAAGCCAUUGUAGCACCGAGCUUUGUACACUUGUGUGACAACCUGUUUGCUUUCUCACAGCCAUCAAUACAGGGAUGAGGCUCCUCACGUGGCUCCUUCGGGAGCACACUGAUUAGCAGCACAAGAUCCUAACUGUAGAUUCCUCUUGCCUAAAACCAGAGGAAAAUUCUACACACUGGGAGGACAGCUGCUUCUCUUGUGGUCUCUGUGCUGAUGUACAGAGAUGGACAGAUGGAAAAGUGAGGAUAGGCUAACAGGGCAUAACACAUGUACACACGUAUGCAGAGGAAACUACCUCGAGCUGACCCUCCUCAGGCUCCUUCUCUUCCUUCCCUUUAUGAGGAUACAGAGGAGGAAGACAACAACGAAGCUCCACCUGUUGCUGCACCAGAGCCUGAACAGCCAAACUCUACCAAUACAUGCUCUGGAACAAAAUCUUCCACUGCCCUGGAAGCUGCUGCACUGGAAGCCGCUGACAAAGACAACACUCCCACACCUGAGAUCACCUACAUGAGCACUUCCAGCAGUUCCUGCAGCAGCACCAACGAGCAGCAAAAGACGGUAGAGGAGGACAGCCUCGAGAAAUUGAGGAGCAUUGUGAGUGUGGGAGAUCCUAUGAAGAAGUACGUUGAAUGGGAAAAAAUUGCCAGUGGUGGCUUCGGAACAGUCUAUGCAGCGACCGACACUGCCACAGGAGGAGAGGUGGCCAUAAAGCAAGUGUGUCUCCAAAAACAGCUCAAAAAGGAACGAAUUGUCGAUGAGCUCAUUGUCAUGAGGGACAACAAGCAUCCAAAUAUUGUUAACUAUUUAGACAGCUACCUGGUUGGAGAUAAACUGUGGAUAGUGAUGGAAUACCUAGACGGAGGCUCCUUAAGUGCUGUUGUUAAGGAAAUAAGCAUGAGUGAAGGAAUGAUGGCAGCUGUCUCUCGAGAGUGCCUGCAAGCACUGGCCUUCCUCCAUUGCCACCAAGUGAUCCACAGGGAUCUCAAAGGCGAUAACAUUCUGCUUGGAAUGGAUGGAUCCGUCAAGUUGGCUGAUUUUGGUCUCGCUGCUCGCAUCACACCUGAGCAGAGCAAACGAAGCUCAGUCGUUGGCACAGUUCACUGGAUGGCCCCCGAAUAUCUAACUAAAGAAGAAUACGGACCCAAAGUGGAUAUUUGGGCACUGGGCAUCACAGUGAUAGAAAUGCUGGAAGGAGAACCUCCUUAUUUUUGGGAGCUUCCUCGCAGGGCCAUGCAGCUCAUCAUUUCAAAGGGGAUACCGGAGCUGCAAAGCCGCGAAAACCUGUCCCCUGCAUUGCAGGACUUUCUGAACCGCUGCUUGCAGGCAGACGAGGACAGUCGAUGGUCUGCUGAGGAACUUCUGCAGCAUCCAUUUUUACUCUCAGCCAUGCCCCUCUCCGGCCUCACAACUGUGAUCAAUGCAGCAAACCAGCUGAGGGAGGCCAGCAGACAGAGGAAGGGUUUUGGCAUGCCUUCCUCCAGUUCCAUCGAUGGGUGGAACUCAGAACAAAACUGAAGGAGCCUCACCCCAGUGAAUACCCUGGGGGAGUUCCACAGAGGAGGGGGCGCUUAGGAGUCGAUUAGGGCACAGGGCAUCACCACCAGCAGGUGGUGAGCAACUGCAUUGUACAUUGCUUGUUUUGCUUGGGUUUCAUCUCUUUCUCCGUUUUACUACUGUUACAAUUAGGAUUUGCAUUAGUAUCACUAUUAGAGUUUGUAUUAGUAUUAGUGUUAGUAUUACUAUUUGUAUUCAUAUUGGAUUUUACUCUGUUUCAAUUAUUAAACUGUUCUUAUCUCAACAUACGAGUUUUGCUUGGGUUUCAUCUCUUUCUCCGUUUUACUACUGUUACAAUUAGGAUUUGCAUUAGUAUCACUAUUAGAGUUUGUAUUAGUAUUAGUGUUAGUAUUACUAUUUGUAUUCAUAUUGGAUUUUACUCUGUUUCAAUUAUUAAACUGUUCUUAUCUCAACAUACGAGUUUUGCUUGGGUUUCAUCUCUUUCUCCGUUUUACUACUGUUACAAUUAGGAUUUGCAUUAGUAUCACCAUUAGAGUUUGUAUUAGUAUUAGUGUUAGUAUUACUAUUUGUAUUCAUAUUGGAUUUUACUCUGUUUCAAUUAUUAAACUGUUCUUAUCUCAA